CUUUACAGUUUUUUUCCCCAAUAUUGUCUAGCUUCUAGCUAAUACAUAAAUGUUGUUUUCACUGGCUUCAAUGAAACGUUCCAUCAUCACAUUUGCCUGAACACAGAACCAUCGCGCAGCCCAGCGUGCUAGCUGCGUGAAUACCGGUGCCGAAAUAACGCGAGAUUUCCGACAGAAUUUGAAAAUUUAACGUGCGUGUCCGUUGGUGUGUUUUGUUGCUUCAAUCGCGUGAAUUUGUCAUUCAAUAUAUAUAUAUAUUUAAAAAAAUAUAUAUAUAUAUUAUUGUUAUUAUAUAAUUUGGUUCCUAGGUUUGGUACAAUCGGUGGUCCCUUAGGAUGGAUUUCCAAGAACCAAUGACUCUGGGUUCCCCAACAUCGCAUAAACCCGGCCUGGGUGCCCAGUUCCUUCCUGGGUUUUUGAUGGGGGAUCUACCAGCACCUGUCACACCCCAGCCUCGGUCAUUUGGGGUCAUGGAAAUGAGGUCACCAUUUCAAGCAGGUGAGGGAGAGUGGCUCUCCCCCCAACCUGUAGUUCCUACAUCUAAAGACAAGAGUGGGGCCCCUCCAGUCAGGAGUAUCUAUGAUGAUCUCUCCAGUCCUGCCAUCGGGAUGUCCCCUAUGGGUGCACAUAAACAGCCCUUCUCAAUGAUGCAAACCCCACUGUCUGGUUAUAUGGCGGUCACACCAGGAACAGCGUCCAGUCUAUUUAGUCCUGCUAGUACCGGUCAGCAGGCCAAGUCAACAAUGUCUCCGGCCCAAGUAGACCCUUUCUUCACUCAGGGAGACGCACUGUCUUCUGAAGACCAUCUAGAUGAUACUUGGAUCACUGUAUUUGGGUUCCCUCCGGCCUCCGCGUCUUAUAUUCUGUUGCAGUUCGCCCAGUAUGGAAACAUAACGAAACACGUGAUGUCCAACACCGGUAACUGGAUGCACUUUCAAUAUCAGUCAAAACUACAAGCAAGAAAAGCUCUUAGUAAAGACGGGAAGAUUUUUGGCGAGGCUAUAAUGAUUGGUGUUAAACCAUGCAUCGAUAAGAAUGUGAUGGAGAGCUCAGACCGAGGCUCUACGUCCUCUGGCUCAGUGUUUACUCCUCCAGUCAGAAAUGGAACCCCCAGCCACCAUGUCACUACACCUCGCUCCUCUAUGAGGCCCCUCAGUGCAGCCUAUAAGGCCUGCAGCAGUGACUAUCAGGUGGUAGCUGACAGACAGACUCCAAGGAAAGAUGACAGUUUGGUUUCCAAAGCAAUGGAGUACAUGUUUGGCUGGUGAGAUGGUCUCCUCCAAUGGCUGAACGCUUCCUAAUUAGAACUCAAGAAGGAAUGUCAUUACGGAGUCAGUUGGAUGUAUCCCUAAUAGCACUCUAUUCGCUACGUACUGCAUUGCGUUUUACCAGGGCCCCAGGGAUUAGGGUGCUAUUUGGGAUACAUCCAUUGUGUAACUGAUAUACUUAACCCUGUGACUUCUAUGCACUUUAUGUGGUGGACGGGAUUUUAAAUCAACCAGAUAUUUUAUGUUAGCUUUGAAGUGAUUUUAUUUUAUUUUUGUGCCAAAGUCACGUUGCUAAAUUGACCAACAACACAGACUUAAACAAAGUCAAUCUUUUUUAUUUUUUUAUUGGUCUGAUUCGAUAUGAAAUUAAUCAUGCAUAAUGAAUACUUGUGUUUGUACCAAAUGGCACCCUAUUCCCUAUGCAGUGCAUUACUUUUGACAAGGGCCCAUAGUGGUCUGGUCAAAAUUAGUGUACUUCUUUUUUUAGGUUUAUUGGCUUCCAUUUGGGGGAUAUUUUACAGUAUCUGAAGUAAAGAGCUGCUUUGCCUGUUAGAGGUCAAGGUUGUACGUCAGCGUCUUACACCAUUAUGUUGAAAUGGUGCGAGAUUGUCUGGUUCUCUUUUUGUGUAGUUCUGCUGAGUGGUUCGCUAGAGAAUGUUAAUUAUGAAAGGCUCAUACUUAGCAGAAUUUUUAUUAUGAUUUUUCUUUUUUUUGUAUGCUUUCAAACUUAUUAUUUUUUUAAAGUCUUGUUUUAUUUUGUCUAGCUAUUUACAAUGAGCUGUUGACUGUUUCUACUGUAUCUCAGCCGACACUUACUGUUUUUAAAUAAAUGGUGCAUCCAUUUGA